CUCGCGCAUGCGCACAAAGCUCACCCACACACCACCCUUUUGUCGGUUUAAUCGGGGGUUUCGCAAUGAUUUAGCUUAAAAAACAACGAAAAAGCCAACAAUGAAAGGUUAUGGGUCGCCAACGGAACCUCCCCCACCGCUUAUCAUGAGUAGCAAUUGACUUCAACGUGCCCAAAACUCGCCAAAAUAGGCAAAAAACGCAAGUUCAGUACCAGGACUGCCAUGACGCGCCCCCCGAAUGAGCAAACCCCGACCGUGAAACUCGUGGUUGUGGGGGACGGCGGCGUGGGGAAGAGCGCCAUCACCAUCCAGUUUUUCCAGAGACUGUUUGUGACGGAUUACGACCCCACGAUCGAAGACAGUUACUUGCAGCAUGUGGAGGUGGACGGCCAGUGCUGCAUCUUGGACGUGCUUGACACCGCGGGGCAGGAGGAAUUCAGCGCAAUGCGAGAGCAGUACAUGAGGAAAGGCGACGGUUUUCUCCUGGUUUACUCAGUCACUGAUAAGAACAGUUAUGAGAACAUUGUGAAUUUCCACACUCAGAUCCUGAGAGUGAAAGACCGAGACACAUAUCCCAUGUUGUUGGUGGCCAAUAAGGUCGAUUUGGUGCACUUGAGGAAGAUCACGGAGGAGCAGGGGCGCGAGUUGGCCCACAAACUGGGGAUUCCGUACAUUGAGACGAGCGCCAAGGACCCCCCAGUCAAUAUCGACGCCACGUUCCAUGAGGUUGUGAGGAUUAUACGAAAUCAGCCCCAACCCGACCACGAGAAACAGAAGAAACGCAAACUCAGCAAGCUGGGGAAAUGUAUCAUUCUUUAAUUUGCUUUUUUCUUUGUUAACAGGCCUAUUUAUUGUAUUCUAUAGCUUUAAAGUCAAGUGUUCAAUGUUACGUGUCUAGAUUAUUGUAUUCUCUGUAUGAUGAGUCCAACGCAAACUACAUCAUGUUUCAAGAGGACCAAAAACUGCUCAUUUUGCUUAAUUGGCUCCUAAUGUAAUUACGAAAAACACGGCACUAAUUUUUUUCAGGACCUUCAAAACGACAUUGUGAUAUUUUCAAUUUUUAUACAUACGUUAGAGGGAGAAAAGCAGUAGUCUCGUUGACUUGUAUUAUAACCCGCUCAUGUUUUAUUUCCACGAUUUGAUAACCGAUUUAGCUAUUUUUAAUACUAGGCGUUAAUCUAGAGUUUCAGCACGAGUAUUGUAGCCAAAGAAACGUAAUUGUUAGGUUUUUAUAUGCAAAACAACUGAAAUGACUCAGUUCUUAUUUAGCCAAAGUUUUUAGCUAGAGAUAGCUUAAACUCUAGAUUACAGCACGUUAUUUUAUUACGAGAAUGUAAUCUUUUGUGUAUGUGUUUAAUAAAAUUUAUUUGAAUGGA